AUGAAGAAGAAGAACAUCAACAACAGCAGUGGCUUGAUGGCGGGCAGACGGUGGAGCAAACGUGAAAAGAAGAUGCUGCGAACCGGUGCAGCAUUGUUCACGAUCCUCCUCAUUCUUGCUAGCUUCAUCAUUUGCUCGUCGCUGCACCGACGACAUGGAGCUGCACCGAAGCAGCCCAAAAUAGUCCGGCCGGCGGAGUGCACAUUCGGCGGGAGAUCGGAUUUCUGCGACAUAGAAGGCGAUCUCCGAAUAGACCCCGAUACCGCAACUAUUUACCAAGUCGUCCAGUCGGAGACGUACGCAAUGCUCGCAGCGGGAAACAAGAUCAGGUCACCGCCGAUCACCAUAAAGCCGUACCCGCGAAACGGCGACGACGUUGCCAUGGGACAGAUAAGAGAGUGGUCGGUGAAAAUGGUGCCUGAAAACCACCAGAACUUGCCGCGAUGUUCCGGCGGUGAUCAAAUUCACGAUGCUCCGGGAGUUCUAUUUUCCGCCGGAGCCUAUUUUGGGAACUAUUUCCACGCAUUCACCGAUGUUUUGGUCGCGCUUUUUGUCACUGCACAUCCGUUCAACCGAGAAGUCGUGCUUCUCGUCACCGACGGGAAACCAGUGCACGUCGACAAAUUUAUGACUCUGUUUAACGGACUGUCCAGGUAUCCGACGAUCGACAUCGACAAGGGACAACCGGCCGGAAAACCCCGAUGCUUCUCGAGACUCACGAUCGGCCUCAAAGGCCGCGACGGCAAAGAACUCAGCAUCAACUCGGAGCAAUCCGAAUACACGAUGGCCGACUUCAAGCGGUUCCUAAGAAGCGCAUACUCUCUCAAAAGGACAACCGCGGUAAAGCUACAAACCGGAGACAACACUCUUAUCCCCCGACUCCUAAUAAUAUCUCGCGAGAAGACUCGAAUCGUCACGAACGUGGAAGAGAUCGAGAAUCUCGCCCGAGAACUCGGGUACCGAGUUACCGUCGGGGAGCUCGACGACGACGUUUCGAAAACGGCGGAGUUCACGAACGGUUUCGACGUGAUGAUGGGAGUCCACGGCGCCGGGCUCACCAACAUGGUUUUUCUUCCCGAGGAUGCGGUGGUGAUUCAGGUGGUUCCGUUCGCCGCGGACUGGGUUUCCGGCGCGUAUUUCGGGGAGCCGGCGGAGAAGAUGGGCGUGAGGUAUUUGGAGUAUAAGAUCGAGAGGGAAGAGAGCAGUUUGAUGAGGCAGUACCCGCCGGACGACGUCGUUUUCACCGACCCGGCGUCGUUUCGGUGGGAGGAGUUCAGCCCGAUUUACUUGCAGAACCAGAACGUGACGAUCGAUGUUACGAGAUUCAAGCCGUUGUUGGUGAAGGGUUUGGAGCUUUUGCAUGAGUGA